AUGGAGACAUCAAAUGUUGUCGUAUUCUUUCUUCCGCAUGCAACAUUAAGUUUACCUCGUGCUACUUCGGGGUUUAUAAUUGAUAUAAAUGUGAUUAUAAUACCAUUGAUUGCUGUAAGUAAGUCAAAACUAACGCCGAGAAAGAAAAUUGGCGUGGGGUUGAUAUUCGCUACGGGAUUCAUUGCUACUAUCGGAUCGAUUCUGAGUAUCAUCUACCGGUUAAGACUUGACGACUUGACGAUAAUGAUGAUGUGUUGUGGAAUCUUGCAGGCGUUGCACUUGUCGGCUUGCAUAAUAGAUAUCUCAAGAUUCAUCUGCAUGGAUAGAGGAAGAUUCAAAUACAUAAGCUGCUCAUUAUUAUCCUGUUCUGGUUGUAGAAAUAUGAUAAAGACAAGAAAUAUACGAAAAUCAACGAAACCAAAAGAUAAUAGUACCGAGGAUAGUGUUCAGGAACAUGAAAACAAGCAUGAGAAAAGACCUAUAAAACUAUGUCUUGGGCUCGAUAUCUCAGAAAUGCCUCCCGCGUCUGCUUCUAAUAAUUCAGAAACGCCUAGACCCUUGAACGGGAACGAGAUGCCACGACGAGCAAUUUUGGCGCCGAGGUUUUGGACAAGAGCUUCUCUUUGUAGUAUAUGA